GAAUUUUUUACUAAGUUGAGAGCUGAUCAAGAAUUUGAUAAUUUUCUUGAAUGAUUGUAAUGUUGUUGAAUCAAGAGAAGGAAGUGCAAAAGGCCAUUUUCCGCACGCUGAUCUUACUAUUAAAGAGAUCCUGGAGUGAAUGAAGCCCGGUUUCACUUAUCAAUGAGUUCGCAGAAGCUUGCAAUACAAUUAAAUUGGCCGCUCUGAUGAGCCUCAUAAUAACGGAAUAUCCGCAGCAAAACUCUAACAACUCAUAUCAUUGACACUCUGCAUGUCCUAAGCGAAAUGCAGAGCCGAACAAAAGACAACUCCCCCUUUUCUCCACCGCUAAUCCGGGUCUUUAAUUUUUCGCGGCACGGUUUUCGGCGCGCUUGAUUGUGCUGGCAUUGGCUGCCUCGACCAUCAACUGCCGUUGCUGAUCUGGGAUUUGGUUGAAAAUCUCUUGUGUUUUGAUGAGAUCAGAGAGGUUCUUCUUCAACUGUUCUGUCUCUUCUGCUGUUGGAACUGGGUCGGUUUGGAAGAUGAUUGGGAGGUCCCUGCUGGAGUCGCUCAUGAAGGAUGGAACUCUUUCAAGCGAAUCGCGGUUGGCUGCAUAAAACGAGUAGAUGGAACCCAGGGUAUCGCGAGCUUUCUUGGCUUUAUCAAUCGCCGCCGGCCGCGGGAGUCUCGGCACCGGAUUUGCUAGGCUUGUCACUCAUAAGGUUCUGGCACUAGCGUCUGGGGGCAAACGUGAAGUGACAAUGUAGGAGACUGGUAAAACUUGUGAUGUUAGGUUCGAUGAUACGCUGUAGAAGCUGCCUGGAGGAAAGAAUGCCCAAUAUAUAAUAAGCACUUCUGAGGGGCUCAUGGCGGUAAAUCUUUAUGCGACAGGUUGUGUUGGCUAGCGACAAGGUGCUGGAACACAGCGGCAAUUCACUUGGCGCCAAACAAUGGCUUGCUCACCCCAACCCAUCUUUCGAAAGGGGUUUUCUCGAGCAGUUGUAUCUUGUGCGCAUUGAGUACAGGAUAAGUGCUCCCGCUUAUUUCUGGGGUUCUUUAUUAAGACUCACCUUCUUUGUAUUCAGUUCACCAUUCCACUCGGUCCAACAUCUGCUAGACAAUUCCCGCGAGUAGUAGACCAAAAUUACCACAUCCACGAGAUUCCCUUGUGACAACGGAAUACUUGCCUUCACGAUGCACUGGGAUAAGUUGGCGGAGAAGAAGUCGCAAAGUCUAUAUGCUGCCUGGUUGAACUAUCUUCUCAAACAAUCCCCAGCCUUGCCUCUCGAGCUUGCCUCCAAGCUUCAUCGUGGUUUUCGAGCAACCAGAGCUUCAGAUUUCACAACUGGCGCAUUCAAUAUGUGCUGUACUGUCACCUUUGAAGACGGUUUCAAUGCUCUUGUUAGAUUUCCCAUCCUGGGCCGAAGCCGCUUCCGCUGUGAAAAAACUAGCGACGAGACCUCAGUGAUGGCCUUUAUUGCUCGAUUCACAUCUAUCCCGGUCCCAACUGUCCUUGGCGCAGGACAAUGGAGUGGCGGUCCUUAUAUCAUUACAACAGUUAUUGAGGGCACUUUGCUUUCAAAACGCCUACGAGAUCCCUCUAUGUUGGCGCCAAGCUUGAAUCCGGAUGUCUCUGAGUCGGAUUUGAAGAUUGCCUACUCUGGAAUGGCUCACAUUGUGCUAGAGCUCUCCAAGCCGGUAUUCAAAUACAUUGGAGGAUUGAAAUACAACUCUGGGGGGUGGAGUGUUGCAAAGCGGCCUCUGACACUCAAAAUGAAUGAGCUUAUACGAGUUGGAAAUUUCCCUCUCAAUGAAUUUGUUGAUUACAAUCACACCUUUGAAAGCGCCUCCAAGUAUUUCCAGCAAUUAGCAGAGCAACAGUUUCUACACCUCAAAUACCAACGCAAUGAUGCCAUCACCAAUGAGGACGACUGCCGGAAGAAAUAUGUGGCUCGCUGUCUUUUCCGUCAAAUAGCACAACAGGUCCCAGUACAGCAUGGCCGAUACCACCUCUACUGUGAUGAUUUGCGCCCAUCGAAUGUCCUUGUCACGGAGUCUGAUUUGAGGGUUACUGGUGUCAUUGACUGGGAGUAUACAUAUGUUGCGCCUGCUGAAUUUACAUACAGUGCUCCAUGGUGGCUCCUAUUUGAAAGCCCUGAGGCUUGGGACCUGGACAAUUUCAUGGAUCGAUACCGCCCUCGCCUUGAACUAUUUCUUAAGGAGCUCCGUGUCCAUGAAGACGAACAGAUUCAUCAAGGUAGUCUAAAGGAAUCACAGCGUCUUUCAGAAAGGAUGGCGCUCUCUAUCAAAGAUGGGCUCUUUUGGUUUUGUCUUGCAGCCAGGAAUAGCUUCAUGUUUGAUGAGAUCUAUUGGACAUUUCUUGACGAACAAUACUUUGGGCCUUUGAGCUCUCUUGGCGAUCGGCUUUCCUGUUUAACACAAGAUGAGCAGGACCAGAUGGAGGAUUUUGUUCGGGCAAAGAUGCAGCAGAUAGAGGAAAGGAGGUUGGAUGAACAUCAAACAUUUGGUCAAGUUUUUGAGUUAUAGUCUAGUAAAUUGACAGGAACUAAAACCAAAACUUGUUAUUAUUGCGACUGUAGAGCAGCUCUGCAGACAGCAAGGGUUUCCACUUAUACAUACCAGCAUCCUGAUGUGCAAAUACCCGCCCGAAGGAGGAGAUUCUUGUACUGUAAUAGCAUAAUGUGGCAGUGUAAAAACCGUAGAAAAGCCUAAUCAUUUUCCACUUCAGUCAUUGUUUUGUAUUUGCUUGUCUAAUAGAAUUUUUUUAGUGUGGCCGCUGAAUUCAGUUAUUCGAGGAAAACGGCGUGAAGAAAUUUAGACCUACGGAGUACAGAUUAUGCCUAUGCCACCCAACUCGAAGAGGCUGCUUGCUAUACAUCCUAAAGUGUUUAGACAGCCUCAAAGGGCUGUCACUA